GCAUUGAGUACUUUGAGUAUAGUUGACCUAGUGCACUUGUGUAGUCAUCAGUUUUUGAAUAAAAAAAAAACGUAAACAAACAAAUCAUCAAAAAUGUUCAAAAUUUUCGCUGUCAUCCUUGUCUGUGCUGUUUGCAUGAGUCCAGUGGCUGAAGGAGCUGCCGCUUCAGUUGCUGUCGAAGCAUCACCAGUGCAAACCCUUAACCCAAAUCUUAUUGAAUUCUAUGGAUAUCAAGUCGGAGUUCCAUUGUUGACUCCAGACUAUGGUCCUUUGACUUCAUUGCUAGCAGCUUCAUUGCCACCACGCACCUACAUCGGUCAAUCCAAUCCAGCUCUGACACACACUGCAGCAGCUGAUUUCUUUAAUGGUGAAUCCACCAUUGGCAUUGUAGCCAUCUAAGUCGUGUUAUAGUCUUUAAUCUAGUUUAAGGAAUUAAUAUAAAGGACAUUCGAAAUGUGGUCGCUGAAAUAAACCUUACUUCAGUGAAAGAUUCAUGUGCUGAAUGUGAAACUGAAAGUUUGCAAUUAAAUUGUAAAUAAAGUACUGUGAUAACAUAGUUUUUAAAUUAUUAUAAA